GAAUCUUUUUUACUCUCUCCACAGGACACCUUCAAACGAUCUCGCAGACCAGUGUGUUCUUUUGAUCAGUACUCUUUCUUGAUUGUUGUGUCAUGUGUGACUACUUAAUCAAAGAAGCGCUGCACGCCCAAGUUUAAAAAAUCAGGUUUCGGUUUUAUUUCUGAAUGAUUUAUGAUCAUUACGAUGCUCUUAUCGGAUUCCCUUAUUGGACUGGGCAACUCAUUCACUGGAAAUAAUUGAUUGGAUGUUUCGGAAUUUCUCUUCGUCCUUGCCUUGUUGGAUUGCUGAAAACUGAGUACAUCAUAUGUGCGCUGAAAUUUGCAGAUUGAGUCACUCUAGAAUCCUGGUAGCUUCUUGGAGUUGGUGGUGAUUAUUCGAUUUCAAAUGAUAUCUCUGUUGACUUCUUUACUAUGCUAAACUGAUACAAUGGCCGGAGCAAGGUUUUCCUAUCUGAAACGUCUCCAGAAAUAUUCAGCUAAGGGUUCUUUUAACGAGGAAUUAAGUCAGCCAAAUCAACGUAUUAUGAACCUUACAAGAUGUGUGGAUUGUGUUCGGUUAAGAUUUCUGAGUACUUCGUAUAGUCACGCUUAUUCCAAAAGAGAGUUACGGUUACCUGAAAUUUUUGCCGAGAACCAGUUUAGAACUAUGACUGCUGGAAAUAGCAACCUCUUCACUACCAAACCUGCGGCUUCUAUUUCUCCUAAAUUUUCUAGCUUUUUCUUCCACAAGGCUCUUCCUUUUGCUUCACCUUCAAUGACGCUCUUGUUGAAUCAUCGAUCAUAUUCGUCAUCUCUGAGUGGCAAAGGAAGUGGAGAUGGGACCACGGAUUUUCCAUCUAUUUCUGGGGCAAAUGCCACGAAUGCCGGCGGUGAUUCUAUCGAUACGAGUGAUUGGGCUGAUAAAAUCAAAGAUGCUUGGCAGAGUGCAGCAGAGGCAGUAGCAUAUUCUGCACAAAAGGUUAAAGAAGCCUCUGAUGAGCUGACUCCAUAUGCUCAACAGUUGCUCGACUCGCAUCCAUACCUCAAUGAUGUGGUUAUUCCAGUUGGUGGUACAUUGAUUGCCACACUUAUAGCGUGGAUUGUGAUGCCUCGGAUUUUGAGGAAACUUCACAAAUAUGCAACGCAAGGUCCUGCUGCAAAAUUUCCUGGAAGCACAUCUGAGGAGCAAGUUCCCUAUGAGAAAAGCUUUUGGGGUGCUUUGGAGGAUCCAGUGCGAUAUUUGGUUACCUUCAUGGCAUUCUCACAGAUUGGUGUUGUGGUAGCUCCAACAACUGUGGCCUCACAAUACCUUGCACAGGCUUGGAGGGGUGCUGUGAUCCUUUCAUUUGUGUGGUUUUUGUAUCGAUGUAAAACGAAUGUCUUGGCACGUAUUUUGUCAGGUCAAAAUUUACUGGGGCUUGAUCGGGAUAAACUGCUCGGUCUAGACAAAAUAUCAUCUGUUGGUCUCUUUGUGAUUGGUAUAAUGGCUUUAGCUGAGGCUUUUGGUGUGGCUGUGCAAUCUAUUAUAACUGUUGGUGGUAUAGGAGGAGUUGCCACUGCUUUUGCCGCUAGAGACAUACUUGGCAAUGUGUUCAGUGGGUUGUCUAUGCAAUUUUCAAAGCCCUUUACCGUUGGAGACACAAUAAAAGCUGGCUCGGUGGAGGGUCAGGUGGUGGAAAUGGGACUUACUACUACGUCAUUGCUGAAUGCUGAGAAGUUCCCAGUGGUAGUGCCAAACUCACUUUUUUCUAGCCAGGUAAUAGUGAACAAGUCCCGUGCUGAAUGUCGUGCCAUCUUGUCCAAAAUUCCUUUGCGAAUUGAGGAUAUAAAUAAAAUUCCAAAGAUAGCAGAUGACAUCAAGAGCAUGUUAAGGACAAACGCUAAGGUUUUCUUAGAGAAAGACGCUCCCUACUGUUACUUGUCGCACAUUGAAAGUUCAUAUGCACAAUUGACUAUUGGAUACAACCUCAAAUACAUGCGUAAAGACGAGAUGUACUCUGCAGAACAAGAUAUCCUCUUGCAGGCAGUCCAGAUUAUUAAGAUGCAUGGUGCUGAACUUGGCAAUACCUGGCAAAGCGUGCCUUGACAUGGGAGAAAAAGCAGCUUCUGCCUGGAGAUUAACUUUUUGUCAAUUUCUUUCUGCUUGACUUCAAUGAUGGAAGACGUGAUUUUAAAAAUUUGAUUUGGUCCAGACUAAUACGAGUUUUGGAGUUUAGGUUAAUUUGUCACACUUUGAUUGAUAUAGUUUUGUAAUUAAUAGUAACACCGAUGCUCCUCUC